GUCACUGGAGUCGGAGUUGGAGAGGGAGUAGGGCUAGAGGCAGCUUCCGGGACAGGGGCUCUGGGCUCUUACUUAGCCCUACCCCCUCCCCCUGCCUCCGGAGGUCAACUGGCGCGGGGCAGAAGAACUGAGGCCGGUCCCCUACUGGGCCCCUGACCUGCCCUUGGCCUCUGCCCCGGCCCCUGUCCCGCUUGGGUGGAAGCCCCAGCUCAGCGCGCCACUUGGGGGCCCACCCGACCGCUUCGCUGGCACCCGUUGGCUCGCUGGCCCCCAUGAGCCCGCCCCCACUGCCCCGCCCCUCCAAACGGCCAUUCCACGUCCAAAGGCAGCGGCUUCCAAGGUGGAAACUGGGUCCCGCUGCCAGGAAGCAGCCUGCUUGAGAGCGGCGCGGGACUCGGGGCUUCCACGUGCGCGCCUGCCCUGCCAGCCCACCGUCUUCCCCGGAGACCGGGCCCCGGGACGCCCUUACCGGGGGACGGCGCCCGGCUUUGCGCGCUGGCCUUGGCUCGGACGUCCCCGCGCGGCCGCCCGCCGCCCGAUCGCGCUCCAGCGCCGGCGGUCCGACGUGCCCGGAGCCGCGAGCCCAUGGAGGGCCUGGGCCGCUCGUGCCUGUGGCUGCGUCGGGAGCUGUCGCCCCAACGGCCCGGGCUGCUGUUGCUGGACUGCCGAAGCCGCGAGCUGUACGAGUCGGCGCGCAUCGGCGGGGCGCUGAGCGUGGCCCUGCCCGCGCUGCUGCUGCGCCGCCUGCGGCGGGGGAGCCUGUCGGUGCGCGCGCUCCUGCCCGGGCCGCUGCUGCAGCCGCCCCCGCCCGCCCCGGUGCUCCUGUACGACCAGGGCGGGGGCCGCCACCGGCGCGGGGAGGCGGAGGCCGAGGAGUGGGAGGCCGACUCGGUGCUGGGCACCCUGCUCCAGAAGCUGCGGGAGGAAGGCUACCUAGCGUACUACCUGCAGGGCGGCUUCAGCAGAUUCCAGGCGGAGUGUCCCCACCUGUGUGAGACCAGCCUCAGCAGCCGAGGUGGCCCCAGCACAGCCCCAGGGCCCAGCCCAGUGGUGGGGCUGGGUGGCCUCUGCCUGGGCUCUGACUGCUCUGAUGCUGAAUCUGAGCCGGACCGCGAUGCCAUGAGCUGUGGCCUGGAUUCGGAGGGGGCCACACCGCCCCCAGCAGGGCUGCUGACCUCCUUCCCUGUCCAGAUCCUGCCCAACCUCUACCUGGGCAGCGCCCGGGAUUCAGCCAACGUGGAGAGCCUGGCCCAGCUGGGCAUCCGCUACAUUCUCAAUGUCACCCCCAACCUCCCGAACCUCUUCGAGAAGAAUGGUGACUUUCACUACAAGCAGAUCCCCAUCUCAGACCACUGGAGCCAGAACUUGUCCCAGUUCUUUCCUGAGGCCAUUGCGUUCAUCGAUGAGGCCUUGUCCCAGAACUGCGGGGUGCUCGUUCACUGCCUGGCGGGCGUCAGCCGCUCUGUCACCGUCACCGUGGCCUACCUCAUGCAGAAGCGCCACCUCUCCCUCAACGAUGCCUACGACCUGGUCAAGCGGAAGAAGUCCAACAUCUCACCCAACUUCAACUUCAUGGGGCAGCUGCUGGACUUCGAGCGUAGCCUUCGGCUGGAGGAGCGGCGCGCCCGGGAGCGCAGCAGCGGGGGGCCCAAGGCCUCGGCCUCCGACCCGCCCUCCUUCUUCACCACCCCUACCAGCGACGGGGUCUUCGAGCUGGACCCCACAUAGGGGCCCGCUCCACCCCCCAGUGGGUGCCCCUGACCACCCACGGGCUUGGGGGGGAGGUGGGAGGGGCUCAGCCGGAAGCAAGGAGGGGGUGGGGGGGAGCGCAAUACCUCAGGGGAGGGCUGUUGGGAAGAGGCCAGAGCCAGGAGCCCCUCCAGAGUGGCUGCGGGGGAGACCUGUCCUACCCACUUGAAACAUCCACGGGAAUCCUAUUAAAUGUGCCUAUAAGCUGGGCCAGGGCCACGGGCCUGACCCGUGCCGCUUUCGGGCGGAACCACGCUCCAGAACCUGCCUCUUCUGCGACUGUUACUUUUUUGUUUGGGGGUGGGGGUGGGGGUGGGGGGAACUCUCAUUCCAAGGGACAGAUCCAGGUGGCUGCCCAUUCCUGGGCCUCGAGCCUCCCUGGACCUGUUCCCUGCAGAAGGGUGUGUGCCUGCUCUGAAGACCCGCUCACAGUCCCACCCCUGUCCCCAAAGGGCCGCUUCUGGGGAGGGGCUCACCACCAGCUGGUCACCUCCCUGCUUUUCUGCCAAGGCCUUAGGCCCCUUGGGGCUGAGGGCCUCCCCGUGGACAUGGGCCCGGAGGUGCCCUGGCUGCAGGGCAUCCACACCGAGGCCCCUUUCCCGGGCCCACAGCUCCUUGCAGGCCGGCGCUGCAGGGGCGGGUGUGGCCUGGGGAGCAGCCUAGCCGCUCCGGGCCACACAUCUGGCGCCCUGUUUAUCCACUUGACGUUUGAAAAGAUGCUUUUUUUCCCUCUUCCCCCAGAUGUCUUAACAGGGAUCACUGGGGCUCUUUGUGACCGAGGGCAGCCACACUGCCGCCAGAGGAGAUGGGGGUCUCAGGGCAAGAGCUGGGGGUGGGGAAGGGGAAGGAGGAGGCCUGCGUUUGGUCCCGCAGAGCCACGGUUGGUUGAUCCGUGGGGCGGGGAAGGGGCCAAGCUGCAUACACAGAGUCAUUCACUGCAGGGCACACCCCUGGUGGGUGGUGUGCAUGCACACGUGUGUGCAUGAGUCUGCGCUCACACACCCAGCCCAGGGCCCCCAGUCCAUGCUGCGGGACCAUCUCACGCUUGGGAAUCCAUACCAUGGUUGCUUUCUUGAAUUGUUCCUGAAUAAACUCUUUCUGUAAGAUAGCGA